CCGUCUCUUGCUUCUCUGCUCGCUGUUACUGUUAUCCUGCACCUUCGCGAGCAAACAAGUGAGGGAAACGGCACAGACCAUCCGGUCAAGGGACAUGCACGUUUAUUAAGCCCGUCAGCUUUCUUCGAAUCCCUUUCGGCCACAUCAGCCUGUCUCUCAGACCUGUCGUCUGGCACCUAAGUGGCACCCUACCGCAGCGGACGGUUCCGAGGGUAUAAAGACGAUCGAUCUCGGGUGGACAAGCAAGUUUACACUACACACACUCACUUGUUCUGCCAUUCCCCUUACCGCCGACUAUUUUGUCGUUAUCUCUUGUCCACGACUCUAUCUAGCCAAGAGGUCCUGCCGAUCCCUGCCGAUACCCAUCACCUAGGAUUCGAACCCACAGUCUUUGCCCUGCUACCUGCGAAAUCGAAUCCUCCUCAGAGGCCCGAGGAACGUGAAUUCUCUUCACUGCGCCUUUACAAGUCACGCUCGAAGCCGCAAUGGCAUAUCAAAGUUGGCAAGACAAGCUCGAGGAUGCCUGCCGUGAGUGGAACAUCGCCGCCCCCGUCUUCCAGAUCGUCUCGGACAGGCGAGGAGGCCGCACCGCCUGGUCCAGCAUGGUGACCGUCAACGGCGCCGUGCACGCCGCCCGCUUCUGGUACGACGGCAAGAACCUCAACAACGCCAAGGAGGACGCCGCCGAGGUCGCCCUCGGCUGGCUCUACCAGUCGGCCUCUUCCUUCUCCGCGCUCUCGCCCGCUGCCUCUUCUCCCUCCUCCUC